UGUUAGAUUUGUGAUUACUGUUGAAAUAAUUGAGCAAAGAAAUCAACAAAUUAGAAGAUUCAUGCAGAUUGAAUAGAAAACAAAUACAGAAAAUGGUUGUUUUCGCUCCAGAUGAACUAGGACUUGCCGACAAGUCACCCUGUGCUGGCAUCAGAGCUGAUCUCAAGAUGUGUUUGUUAAAUACGGAUUGCUGCAAAAAGGGCAAGAAAACACCUCGAGAAUGUUUAAAGUCAGGGGAAGUUGGAGAUGAAUGCCUGCAACUGCGACAGGCUUUUUUUGAGUGCAAACGAUCCUUAUUGGAUAAUAGAAGAAGAUUUCGAGGGCACAGAGGAUACUGAAGCUAUGUAUGAUCAUUCAUUACUAAAGUUUAGUUUAUUAUUUUACUAUUAAAAGAACAAAUGUGUAGUAUUAAAUAUUAAUUCUUGUUUUCCAAUAAAGUUACCAAAAAUAAUGAA